CGUAGAGCCGGCGCGAUGCACGUGCGCUCGCUGCGCGCCGCGGCGCCCCGCAGCUUCGUGGCGCUCUGGGCGCCCCUGUUCCUGCUGCGCUCCGCCCUGGCCGACUUCAGCCUGGACAACGAGGUGCACUCGAGCUUCAUCCACCGGCGCCUCCGCAGCCAGGAGCGGCGGGAGAUGCAGCGCGAGAUCCUCUCCAUCUUGGGCUUGCCCCAUCGCCCGCGCCCCCAUCUCCAGGGCAAGCACAACUCGGCGCCCAUGUUCAUGCUGGACUUGUACAAUGCCAUGGCGGUGGAGGAGGGCGGCGGGCCCGACGGCCAGGGCUUCUCCUACCCCUACAAGGCCGUCUUCAGUACCCAGGGCCCCCCUCUGGCCAGCCUGCAAGAUAGCCACUUCCUCACCGACGCCGACAUGGUCAUGAGCUUCGUCAACCUCGUGGAGCACGACAAAGAGUUCUUCCACCCGCGCUACCACCACCGGGAGUUCCGCUUUGAUCUUUCCAAGAUCCCGGAAGGGGAAGCUGUGACCGCAGCCGAAUUCCGGAUCUACAAGGACUACGUUCGGGAACGCUUCGAUAAUGAGACGUUCCGGAUCAGCGUUUUCCAGGUGCUGCAGGAGCACUUGGGCAGGGGGGCGGACCUGUUCCUGCUGGACAGCCGCACGCUCUGGGCCUCGGAGGAGGGCUGGCUGGUGUUCGACAUCACGGCCACCAGCAACCACUGGGUGGUCAACCCGCGGCACAACCUGGGCCUGCAGCUCUGCGUGGAGACCUUGGACGGGCAGAGCAUCAACCCCAAGCUGGCAGGCCUGAUUGGGCGUCACGGGCCCCAGAACAAGCAGCCCUUCAUGGUGGCCUUCUUCAAGGCCACGGAGGUCCACCUUCGCAGCGCCCGCUCCACGGGGGGCAAGCAGCGCAGCCAGAACCGCUCCAAGACGCCCAAGAGCCAGGAGGCCCUGCGGGUGGCCAACGUCGCAGAAAACAGCAGCGGUGACCAGAGACAGGCCUGUAAGAAGCACGAGCUGUAUGUCAGCUUCCGGGAUCUGGGCUGGCAGGACUGGAUCAUCGCCCCCGAAGGCUACGCCGCUUACUACUGUGAGGGCGAGUGCGCCUUCCCGCUGAACUCAUACAUGAACGCCACCAACCACGCCAUCGUGCAGACGCUGGUCCACUUCAUCAACCCGGAGACGGUGCCCAAGCCGUGCUGCGCCCCCACGCAGCUCAAUGCCAUCUCGGUCCUCUACUUCGACGACAGCUCCAACGUCAUCCUGAAGAAGUACCGAAACAUGGUCGUCCGCGCCUGCGGCUGCCACUAGGCCCUCCUGCGAUCCAGAGCCUCCGGGGCCUCGGCUCUCAGGACUGGGUCUCCCGCCGCCCCCGUCUCGGCCAGGUGCCAGCAGACCCACCGCCUUCCGAGAGGCCCGUCCCGCCCCGUCCCAACCCCAACGGUGGAGGAGAGUUAAGGAAUUUGAGAGGUGACUGCCUUUUGAUCAGGUGCCCGCCGGCCUCCUGUGGACAAGCUCCUACAAGCUGCUGCAGGCAACGCCUGAAGGGAAAAAAUAUAAUAGAUAAAUAAAUAAAUAAAUAAAUAUAUAUAUAAAGAAAAGUUGCCGGGCUGCGAUCACGGGCUGUGAUCCAGCCGUGCCCUGACUCGUUCCAAGGGGGUGAUUAGCAGCGCCCUUCAGCCCGGCCACCAGCAGUGGGAGGCAGGGGCGCGGCGAGGGGUGGGGUCUGUUCACAAGGAGAGCGGACACGGCAGAUCCUGUAAUAAAUGUCACAAUAAAACGAAUGAACGAAAAUGGUUAGGAUGUUACAGAAAUAUUUUCCUAAACAGUUUAUCCCCAUCUCUUGGGCUACUCUGGUUCCGUAAACAGCGGCUGCGGCCGGAGGGGGAAGGGGAGCCCCCUGCCCCCGUCCUCCGUUCUAUUCCGGUUUCGUUCUGAGGCUUUCACUGGCCCACUGUUUACAGAGACCUCCCCAAGUCCGAGGUGUAGCCGGGAAGGGGGAGGGCACAUUUCUGCUCGCAGGAGGGUGUGCGUGCGUGCGUGCGUGUGUGUGUAUGUGUGUGUGUGUGUGUGUGUGUGUGUGUCAGAAAUUGAAGUAGGCCUAUGGAGGGCUGGCAGAUGUUUGGAGUUGGCUUUCCGGCUCUCCUUGUGGUACAGAAAUCACUGCAAGUGCCCAGCUGGAAGGGACGGCAAUCAAGACAACCUGCAGCUCGACCCUGAACUCUAGCCAACACGGCCCUAUUUAAAGAGGUGCCAAGGACACUUAGCUCCAGAUCGGGGGGGGGGGUGCUGGCCUCCGCCCAGGCGGGCUCCCCUGUUUUUCAUUUAUGGGUAGCAGCCUUCCGAAGCCAGGGUUCCACCCAGGGCCCCAUUGGAGGGCUCUCCAAGCCAUCCGCUCCUUGAAGUAGGGAGCAGAUGACAUGGUGGAGAUCCCAUGGGUGCAGGGUGUGCUGGACUCCAACCUCAAAUGGAAGGAUCCAGAAGCCGCUUGGAGAGUGAUGUCCUAAUUGCGCGUUCCAACUCCAAGUUGCUCUUUCUGAUGUGGCUUUUGGUGUGAGCCUGCCUCACCUUGGCUGGGGUCCCCUGGGUGCUGUGUGCCCAGCCCCCAGCGGCAGCACAGGCCGGGGGGAGCUCUGGGCGGCCCGUGGAUGCAGAGGAGGGCUAUCCAGGCCUCGGAGUCCCAACCGGCAGGGAAUUAGUUUUCCACCUGGAUUAAGUUGGUUCCUGGAAACACUGGGGCCCCUGUUCUUUCCUUUCCUUUUUCUUCUUCAGUAGCUUAGGCUGCAGCCUUCACUCGGCCCGGUCAGUAGGGAAGAGUCGCUGUUCUUGCUGUGCCUUGUUUUAUCUGUUGGCAGAUCUGGGGGUUUUGUGUGAUCCCGUCCAGGGGCAAGCUUUCUGGCUGCUUGUCCCCCAUCUGGCUUCUGGCUCCCACCGUUUGUACGUUGAGACAUGUAAAUAGUUGUUACAAAACGAAGAUUAUUUAUGUCCCCUGGAAGCUCCCCACACACCCUCCCUCGGCCCCUUGUCCAGGAUGAUGGGCUCGCUUCCCUCCUGCCUGUUUGUUUUCUUAUUUAAGACUAUUUAUUAACGGUCAGACCAUUGUACCUUCACCUGUUGCCUAGAGCGGUCCUCGGCGAAUUUUCUGUAUAAACAGACAAAAUAAAAGAGGGUUUUUUUGACUUUCAAUAAAAGGAACAUUUGGUUCUGA